UUUAAAUUUAGCUUCACACAUUUCCUUUCCUUGUUUUGGUGGAUUUGUGAGAUUUUCUCUUGGAGUUGUCUGUACUAUUUCUGAAAAUUUACUUGUGGAAGGCUGAGAUGCUCCUCCGUGAUGUUUUCUGCUUUCCUUCUAAUUUUUUGUUUCUUAUAUGACCUAUCUGUAACUUGCGUCGUCCGGUGCAUUCAAAUCUCAUGUGAGACAUCUUUUCUCAAGGAAAAAAAAAGCUCCUUUUUCUUCUGCAAGACCUGAUACAUUUCUCGUGGUUAUGAUGCAAUCUGGUCGCACAUGGACUGGUUCCUGCUCUCAGUUUGUCAUCGAUUCUAAAGGUUUUCUAUCCUGGAAAAUCCAGGGAUCCUCGCAUUUCAUUUACUUGAUGUCAAAAAUUUAUUUGGUCUUCUGGCCAAUUUGUUCAUGUUGUCGCAUGACCUAGGAUCUGCUUUACUGUUUUAGUUCAUUUGAAACCAAAUACAUCAGAUAAGCCUACAGAAUUUUUCUUGCGGUUGCUCUCUGGUUCUAUUAAAUUGAUCGAAGCUUUUCUCUUCCGAAGAAUCAAAAGUAACGCUAAUCGUUAGUGCGUCUAGGGAAAGUUCUUUGAAAUUGGAGUAUCAACAAUAAUGCUGCUUCUUAGAAAGAAGGUUUCUUUUACUUAUCCGUGGUUACUUUUCUAUUAAUUUGUUUGGUAUUCAAACCAAUCUCCUACUGUAUGGUGUUCAACCGGAUAGUGCUCGAGUGAAGCAACUUUUGUGAAUUGGCAGGAGGAAUCUAUUCAACAGAAUCUCCUUUUACUUUGCUUGAUGGAAGGAAGAAUUUUAUUCCCACAUUCCCAAGCAGCUUUGACAUUUCUGGAAUUAGGUUGCCUGUUGGAAUCUUUGCAGAUGUUGUUCUGCCUUUCGUGGAGAACAUUUAUCUAUAGUCUUUUACCCAACAUCUAAAUGACAGGUCUUUUCACCGAGGAGUCUUUAUGAAUAGUCAUUAUAGUUGGAGCUCUCUGUAACAUUUGCACUUGUGAGUUCCUUAGGUUCUGUGGCUGGUGUUGCCUAAAGACUUGUACAUGUCUUCUUGGGAUAAAGUUUUGCUUGGAGAUUAUUUUAAGAGCAACCAAAUUCACGUGAGAAUUGCAAAAUGGAGAACUGCCCAGUGAGAGUUAAUUCCAUUGGACAACUUUAUCAUGAUUGCAUGUCUGAUAGAAGAUCUAGGUUUUGGCAAAUUGACAACCAACCAAUUCCCAGGUCUGAGGUCAUUUGUCCUCAACCCCGUCGAGCCACAAGAGCCCCUUAUUUCAUUAAUGCUCUCAAUAGAGUCAGUUCUAAGCCAAAGGGCUUUUUGCCCAUGUACAGAGUGGAUUGUGCUCCUGAGAUUCUUGAACUCAUCCUGAGCCAGGAUGACUCAGACAAUGAUCCUGACUCUAGCAACCAAGUGGGUGGCUUCUUCCGUGGCUCUCCUCCCGUACGCACUAAUAAUCCGGUCAUCCACGAUGUGCAGUUUGCCAAACAAGCCCAGUCCUUGGCUUCUCCUCGACCCAACUCCCCCGGGAUGAAGCAGGCCGGAAGAGUUGAAAGAGGGUCUCCGACCUGUGGAUCUUCCUUGGGUGGGAGCCCCAAGGUGAGAAUCGAAGGAUUUGCUUGUGGGAGGAGCUCUGAGAAGCACUGUGUUGCCCCAGCUCUAGCAUGAUCCCUCCUCUCUCUCUCUCUCAAUUAAUCCUGACCUUACCGCCUGUGUCGAUGUAAAUGUGUCGUCUUCUACUGUGUCUGUCAUCAGCUGUUGAAGCUGCCGAAACGCCACUCUCGAGUAGAGUUUGGUGGUCCUGUAAAUAUGAGGUUUAAAUGGGUUUAGAGUUUGUACAGAACGUCCAAGCUGGAAACGCUAUCGAGUCACUGUAAAUGCAAACUCCUUUUUGCCUGAAUUUGACUUCCAUAGGUUAUCGA